GAGUGAGACGGUUGUUGUGGACGCUGGGCUGACGAGGACAAGUAAUUCAAUGUGUCGCUCCACGGGGAGAGCAGUGUCAACAGUCUGUUGUGACAGUUGUCAUGUCACCCGAUCAGCACCCGCCGAUUGGUUGUCUUUCUCGUGAUUAAUCGCAGCUUUUAUUUGGGUGUGUGCAAUGUGUGUAUCCUGUCACCCCACUGUCACCUGGCUCGUCAUUGUCGUCAAGACUGCCAGAAAGCGAGUCUACCCGUCUGGUGCUGCUGCCAGCAGGAUGGGGUGGGGACGGAUCAUUCUCACUGUGUCAUAUGAUGUCUGUGAGUCGGGUGGGGACGUGAGCUCGCCAGCUUGUGUCACACCUGUCAACUCCUGCACCUCACCCACCCGCACUGACACGGCAAGGCACGUGACAGUCAGUCACUGCCACCUGGACUUACAGCGGUACACGGGUUGUAGCGGGCCUCGUCCGAUACUGCCAAGGGGUCCACCCUCCCACACCUGUAGUAAAUGGCAUAAAGGUCAUUUCUAAACUUUGAGGCGGUUGGUGGAGAGGUUUUAGACGACCUCCCACCAACUUCCUUUCCUCGGAAUCAGCCCUCCCUCUCACUGCCUUACCUCCUCCAGCCCUCUGUGGAGUCGGAUACACAUUUCCAACAGCUUGGUCCACACUUGGCAGCUUUCUCCACACAGGUACCGAACCGGCCCGCCUUAGGGUUUGGACACCAGGGCUGUAACCACUUGCCUGUCUGCUUUCUCCAAAAUAGAAUGAUUUUUUUUUUUUGUCUCACGUUGGCUGAAACUAUCGACUGAUGGCGGGUGGACGUGCAGUUAGUCACCGUUAGUCUCUCACACACGACUUCUACCUUCUACACACGAGCUCAUGAACCCAGUGUUUGAGUCUUGCAAUCAAUGAUUACUACAACACACUUAUUUUAAUGAGCGUUGUGAGGGUAUGAUUGUACCCCGGUGUUUAUAAUGGUCUAAACUCGGCUCCACGCUGAUUGGCUGGCUCCUCCUGAAGGUACAGGUGUGUUGGGAAAGCGGCGAGGAGCGAAGGUGUGCUGCACCCGGUCUCUCUCACCUUGUUCUCGUGAUACGAGUCCCCGACAGGCCUUUCAGGCCUGACUAAUUUGUACAUGAUGAGCGCAAAUGCUCCUCCCGUCAGCGGAGUACAUGCCAGACCCCGCGCCCCUCAGAGAAACGGAAUGGAACCGAGAAACGACUUUGACCUCUCGACGACGAAGAGAGGUGAGAAGAGCCGAGACGACCUGUUGCUAGGUGACAAGAGGGUGCUUCGCGCCUGGACAGCCAGACUACGGGGACGACUGUGGCGAUGGCGUCGAUGUCUUCUGUGCGUUGUCUUGCUUGUCGGCGUCCUCAUCGUCAUGUGCGAAAUAAGGCCGCCAUGUUUGUGGUCCUAUCUGCUGUUCAAGCGCUUCCCCAAGCUACAGGCGCACGACGCCAAAGACGUUACCAUAGUAACCGCCUACUUCAACCUGGGGAAGGCGCCAACGGCCGGCAAGACCUUCUCCCUCUACAAGUACCUCACGUGGGCCAGCGUCUUCCGGCAUCUGCAGAACCCUCUCGUCGUCUACACGGACUCGGAGCAAAUGCGCAAUAUGCUUGUGGAGACGAGGCGCCACCUGUCCAACAACACGCUAGUCAUCUUCAUCACCAGGUCUCAGCUGAAGGCUUUCCGCCGGGUGGAGGAAAUAAGAAGCAUUUUCCGCUCCCCCGACUACCCCAAGUACCCGCCCAACACCGUCGUUGCCGAGUACCCGUGCAGCCAGCACGCCAAGCACGAGCUCGUGAAAGACACAUCGACAAGAGUUACUUCCCUGGACCAGGUACAUCGCAUGGCUGGACAUCGGCUACUUCCGGUACCUCACUGA